AAUUGUUAUACCACAAUGAAGCGGAGCAUUGAAUUAGAGCAACCCUCCGACUCUGACGAGGAGGAAUAUGAGGAAAUGUCGACACAGAAGUUGAAGAAGAUAAUCGAUGAGGGCGGAUUGUCCCAAACAACAACGACCCAACUAUUGGGUAUCUUUGUCAAGAAAGUUGACGAAAGGGAUGCAAAGUUGGCUGGCAAAGCUGUUCAAUCGACUUCUGGUACUGAUGUCCCAACCUCACGUUUAAAGGCAGUAAGGGAUGCAGUUAAGGCACGGAUUUCAUUUGAGGGGAAAGAUGAAGACAUGGUCCAAGAUCCUGGUUUCAAACAGGCUAUGGAAUCGCUAAAAGAGAAUCCCAUCACAACAAUGUUCAAGGGAGUCAUUCUCCCCGUUUUAUGGGAUAUAAAGCGCUCCAGAUUGGGAUUCCAUGACCCCACCCCCUUUAAAAAAUGUCCAAGAGGGAAUGAUGUUUACAAAUGCCAAGUUGAUUUCUGUUGGAUAGAUGAGAAGUCGCCAAAAUGGAACUACUGUGUGACCCAUUCCAGUAGCCAAAUCUACUUCGUUCAAGAUAUUACAAGUAAUACCACCACCGUCGCGAUCAUACACCCACAGGUUUCAAAAAUUAAUGGUUAUACGGACAAGGAAUUGAAUAAGUAUUCUAAAUCUGCAACUGCUAAGACGCACGCGAUCUCCGUCUACAACUAUAUGGAGUUGAACAAAAAGGCUGAUCUCCGCUCGUUCCAAAACCUGAAUUAUUCGACGGAAAGUUUGUUGGCAGGGGAAGGAAAUCAUCAUAACAAGGUGGCCAUGAGUAUGAUGACAAUGAUGCACAACUCCGUCUGUCAUGUGGAAGAUCGGGUGAAAUUCAUCAAUCAAGAGAUUAUCUUUCGGAAUAGUGAUGGAUUUCAAAAGGACUUUUUCGAAAAGUUGCGAAAAGUACUUGAACUAAACAAGUUUAUAUUUAAAAUCACGGGUGAGAAAAAGUCUACGACAAUUCUGCCACAGUCCCUGGUUCCAACAGUUUCCUACCCAAAACUGCCCAGUUCAUACCUUGCUCGCGACAACAACACUGGAGAAAUAUAUUCCGGGCUAAGAUAUGGGAUGGAGAGGGGGAGGGGUGUUGCAUCAAUAGGCCAUAAAAGAUCCAAGAAGACAGGGCUGACUGGGUUCGAUAAGAGCCAAAUAAAACGGAUUUAUCAAUUUGCUCACCCCCGUGCUGAUCUAAUAAAGGAUAACAACUCUUAUACGAGAUUCUCAGUGGAUGAGAAAAAUAUCCAUGAAGAAAUGAAAAUACAAGCACACCGCAUUGAAACACUUGGACACAUCUCGUCACUAUUCGCCCAGAUGCUUGGACUGAAGAUCAACGGUCAUGAUAUUAUUUUCUUGUGUCAGAAGUAUCAGCAUUUUGAUGAUUCAUUUUCAGAAGUAUUGUUGAAUGAAGUAUUUGGUUAUAUGUACGGAGAAGUAUUGGCAAUAGAUAUCCCCAUUGUGGCCAAGGAUGAUAAAGGGGAGCUCAUUUGGAAAUUUCUCAUGUAAUUAGUUGAUCUAUUUUAUGCUAAACAUUGUUAUUAAAUAAAAAUUGCUUUAUUCUUCACUUACCUGCAA